AUGGAAGGAAUAAAUAAAACUGCAAAGAUACUUUUCUUCUUCCGCCCAUUCUCACCUAACCCUGAAGUACAGGUGGUGAUUUUUGUGGUCUUCUUAGUGAUGUACCUGAUCAGCCUAGGUGGAAAUGCCACAAUUGGAGUCAUUGUCCAGAUGAACCACUCCCUCCACACCCCCAUGUACUUUUUCCUAGCAAACCUGGCAGUUCUAGAAAUCUUCUAUACAUCAUCCAUCGCCCCGCUGGCCUUGGCAAACCUUCUUUCCAUGGGCAAGACUCCUGUUUCCAUUGCUGGCUGUGGCACACAGAUGUUCUUCUUUGUCUUCUUGGGUGGAACUGAUUGUGUCCUGCUUGCGGUCAUGGCUUACGAUCGCUUUGUGGCAAUCUGCUAUCCUCUGAGGUACACCCUCAUCAUGAGCUGGUCCUUGUGUGUGGAGCUGACAGUAGGGUCUCUGAUACUGGGGUUUCUUCUGUCACUGCCACUAACCAUUUUAAUCUUCCACCUCCCAUUCUGUCACAACAACGAGAUCUACCACUUCUACUGUGACAUGCCUGCAGUCAUGCGUCUGGCUUGUGCAGACACCCACGUGCACCGGACUGCCCUGUAUAUCAUCAGCUUCAUCGUCCUAAGCAUUCCCCUUUCUCUGAUCUCCCUCUCCUACAUCUUCAUCAUUGCAGCCAUUUUACGGAUCCAGACAGCUGAAGGGCGCCAUCGAGCCUUCUCCACCUGUUCCUCUCACAUCAUAGUGGUCCUCCUACAAUAUGGCUGCACCAGCUUCAUAUAUUUGUCUCCCAGUUCCAGCUACUCUCCUGAGGUGGGCCGGGUGGUAUCUGUGGUAUAUACAUUUAUUACUCCCAUUUUAAACCCCUUGAUCUAUAGUAUGAGGAACAAGGAACUGAAAGAUGUUCUAAGGAAGGGACUGAGAAAGUUUUAG